CUAACUUAACCUGCUAAAGCUGAAGGUGAUCUGAUCGCUGUCAGACUGGCACUCUGCUGAGAGUGGUGAGUUAGGGGGUUCCACACAGAGGAGCACAGACAUGGGCAGGACUGGCCUCCUGUUUAUGGUGCUGCUGAUAACUGAUUAUGUUCACACAGUCUCAGCGAUACCAGAUGACGAAUGCCCUGAUGCCUACCCAGCCCGUGAGAACUGUGAAUUUGAUGAAGUCUGUGAGGAUGCCAGCUGUAAGUAUAACCAGUAUGUGACCUGCUACCUGAAUCGCUGUGGAACCUGUGAGGCUGUUUUCCGUGGCUAUGACAACCUGACUGUCAGCUGUAACCAAUUGACCCCGAAAUGCCGGCUAUUGCACCUGGAGAUGCUUCACAAGAUGCGCACGGCCAGUAGCCACCCUGGCGGCAGGAGGGUGGAUGACCUGUAUGACCCAGACUGUGAGACCAAUGGCACCUUCAAGGCCAAGCAGUGUGACGAUGACUCCAACCUCUGCUGGUGUGUGGACAGUGCUGGGGUCAGGCUCACCGACAAGUCAGGCGAUGACCCCAAAUGUGACCAGCUGGUCCGUGUCCACCUCAUUCAGAUCGAUUUCAGCUUCAAAGUGGAGUUUGUCUUCCUAAAGAUGAAGGAGCAAGCUCUGCGCCGGAAGGUGGCCAUUAAACUGGUGAAAGAGUACACGCUAAAGGCAACUCAGAUCCUGGAAAUUAAGGUCCAUGAGAUAUCCCGAGAAAUCAGCAUCCGCCUGGGUGAGAAUGGUACAAAAGACCCAGCUGACAUCUCCACUGUGGCCUAUUACAUUGAGAGAGAUCUAAAGAUGAACAAAUUCACCCUGGAAGUGGAUGGAAAGAGCCUGCAGGUUGAAAGGGAGUCAGUACAGGUUUGGUUCUUUGACAAUGAGCCACCACGAAUCAACAUGAAGACCAUUUCGCCUGGUUUCGCAGCCAUUAUCAUUAUCAUUGCUCUGGCUUUCCUAACUGGAAUUGCAGUGUUUGUUGUUGUCAGAAGGAGAGCUAAAGAGGACAGGCGGAGAAUCCAGUUUGAAGUGAUUGAGGGACAAGAAAUGGAUGACCGUCACCUUGCUCAGUGGAUGGGCUUAACGCGUUAAAAUGAUCAAGAAGCUUUGUGCAUCCCGUGUCUCCUAUUUGUUGCACACAAAGAGAUUUUGCAAAUGAGCCUCGUGUUUAUAAUUUGUCCUGCACAGUGCCAUUAGUAAACCCAGCUGAUGAGUUUGAAGAUUGCCUGAUUCAACAUUGAAGAGUUCUAAAGGAGGAAAGUUGCAGAUGGUAAUAACAGGGAAUUUCCAGCCACUGGGCAGGACUGACACUCCAAUACGUUGCUGGGACAGAUAUUAAAGUGAAGCACAGUCUGUGACUCCAGGCUGGCAUUGGGAGAUGCCAUGGCACUAUUGUAAGAGCAUUACAUUUGGUUCUGAGGUUAACAAACGUUUCUGUGACAACAGCAUGAGACAGCAAACUGUUUAUGGCCCUUUAGCUUUUCUUGGCGGGGGCGGGGGGGUGGUCUGGAUUCAAUUUGGUAAUGGCACAGAAGUGAUCAGUAAUAAAUGAAUCACUUGUCCCUGGUUUGCAGAGUGGAAAAUUAUAUAAAAGAUGAUUUAUCUCUAUCACCCUUUCACACUUCCCCUGAAGAUGAUUGCCACUGUAUUUCCCACUAUCUGCUAAAGCCUGUGAAUCUUCUCACAACGGCUCCUAGUUGCUGCAAUGCUGUUACUGGAGGAACAUCAGAAACUUUGCACAAAUGUGGAUUCCUUGGCAGAACAUGAAACGCUCCAAGAAAACUGGCAGCCGAGACACUUUAGUGAGCAAUGUGACAUUCUCUUGUUCAAAAAUUACUUUUAACUGCACAGCACUGGUAAAGUAUUGAAAUUCCCAGCUUGUGAAAUAAAAACACUUCUACUGUAUGAAGGUCAAAAGUACAAUUGCAGAAGCUUGAUUGUGCAGAUUAUGUGGAAUUUCACAGGAAGCAAAUGGACUGUGAAAACUGCAUGUGUACUGAGAUGGUAAUAAGGCUAUUUAAAUACAGUAAUAAUGUUCCAAUGAUUCCAGCUGCUCAUGAAAUACACCUCUUGUAUGGAAGACAGCAGGUAAAGUCAACCUGACAAAUGACACCAAAGAACCUUUGCAGAUUACAGUAUGGAAACAGGCCCUUUGGCUCAACUUGCCUAUGCUAUCCAGUCCGCAUUCCUCCAUAACUGUCCCAUUCAUGUAGCUAUCUUAAUGUUUGUUAAAUGACAAAAUUGUACUCACUUCCACCACUAUCUCUGGUCGCCUGUCCCAGAUAUUUUUGAGCUGCAGUUUCAUCCUAAUCUUCCUUUCACAGAAGACUGCAGAGAAAUUGUGCUUUGUUGUUUUAAGUUGGUCAUAACUAAUUAAUGGCCAUGGCUCAGUUGCUCAGCGCUCUUGACUCUGAGCCCCAAGAUCUUGGGCUCAAGGCCCAAUUCAUAUCCUGAAUGCAAUAAGAAAAAUUCAGGCAGACACUGAAGGAGCGCUGCACUGUCGGACAGUACCAUCCAUUGGACAAGAUAAUAAGCUGAGAUCUCGUCCUGCCUUUUCGGGUGGAUGUUAAAGAUUCUGGGGCACUUUUUUGAACAGCAGGGUGCUCUGAUCAAUACUCCCCAUGAAUCAACGUCACAAAUAAUCUCUUGGCUGUUUUGAGAGUCUGUUGUGCAUUAAGUGAUUUGCGAUUCCCGCAAUGAGUAUACUUCACAGAAUUCCUACCGUGCAAAAAGAGGUCAUUCUGCCCAUUACAUCUUCAACAACCCUCUGAAGAGCAUUCCACCCAGAGCCACCCCAUCCCUGUAAUCCCACAUUCACCAUCGCAGCUAAUUCACACAGUUUGCACAUUCCUGGACACGAUAACCCAAUUUAGCAUGUUGCACCCACACAUCUUUGGCCUGUGGGAGGAAACCCACGCAGACACGAGGAGAACAUGUAAACUCCACACAGACAGUCACCCAAGGCUGGAAUUGAACCUGGGUCUCCACCGCUGAGGCAGCAAUGAUAACCACUGUGCUGCCCUUAACUGGUGUAAUUGUCCAUCAAAUCUUUUGGGAUGCAAGAGGUGCUAAAUAAAUACAAAUUUUUUUUACCUUCAGAAGC